AUGAUCGCGACGGUCGUGCUUUGCUUCAUGAACGGCCUUUGGUUCGUGUCCGCGGGGAUCAUCGGCCUCGUAGUGUUGUUCGUGGCCAUCGAAGCCGUGAUCCUCCUUUACCACAAGAACACCUUCCAACUCUGGGCCUUGCAAAGGCCCUGGAACCUCAUUUCCCGCCUUUUGCUGCCUCUCGUGGAAAUCGUGGACAGCAUCGGGGCCGGCAACACCAACAAUUGCAUGUUCACUUUCAACCAGUACGGCAAGAACUUCUGUGCAUCUGGAGAGGUCUGGCUAGGUAGUCAUGCCGAGGUCAAGAAGUCAGUGCAGAACCCGCAGGGACGGAACUACUGGUUGGGCGAGCACCCCUUGCUUCCAAGCGCAGUGCCGCACGGUGAAGGAGGUCGAUGUGUCUUCUUGCUGAGUUUAGCCAGCAAGGCAGUCGGAGGCACUGGAGACCAUGAGGCUUUCCGGAAGUGCGUCGUGGACACCUUGCUGAGUGAUGCUUCAAUUGCCAGGGAGUCCGACAGCAUCGCGAACGAAAUAAUGGCCUCCUUGACAGCAGACUUCGCGAAGAUCGACAGCGGCUUCGACUUCUACAACUCUCCUGUAGGUGGCAACCAGGAGUUUUGGACAAAGUACUUGCACCACGUGAUGUUCGGCUUGGAUAUAAAGAACAAGGAGGUGGUGGACACCCUCAACUCCUUCUUCACCGGAGAUAUGGCAUUGAUGCACUACCUCUACCCCUUUGGCUACGUGCCGCAUUUUAACUUGCACAGCAAGAUCGAGAAGGUCGCUGAGCUCUACGAGAAGUCGCCAGCAUUCAAGAACUUCAAGGUCAAAGCGGAGUACAACAACAUGACCGCCAAAGAGCUGGCCUUGCUAAUGACAAGCAUCAUGCGGAUCGCCGGCGUCCAGGGCUCUCGCAUGUUGGCUUGGUUUUGCACAUCGGGGGUCAUCUACGGCAACCUUCGCAUCGAUGCCAGGGAGGUUUGGGACACGAUCGACUUGUCGAAUGAGGAUGACCUCAAGAAGUAUGUGCUCGAAGUAUCUCGACUCUCCCCUCCCGUUACGGUAUCUCACCGCGUGGCCAUGGAGGACUUCUCGUGUGAGAUUGCCGGCAAGACUUACAAUUUCCCCAAAGGUACCAAAGUGGCAAUCCCGCUUGUCUUUGCCAACAUCGACCAGGACGUUUGGGGUGCGGACGUAUGGGAUUUCAAUCACAAGAGGCCUGGCUUGGAAAAGAACCAUGCAGGCUUCAACUCCGUGGACGGUGUGGGUAACCGAGAAUGUCCCGGAAAGAGCCUGGUCAUGCGGACAAUGGUCCGUAUUCUUCAGGACCUUGGCAAGGAGAGGAGGAAGCAGAAGGCAAGCGCAUAG